GCAAAUAUUGUGGGAAUCAAUCCAAACACCAUUGGCUCGCGAGCUGAUACUAUUCCCAGUCGUGACACCGCGGCGUCUUCCUCACCAAGCAAACAUUUCUUCGAAUCCAGAAAACCUUCAUUCUUCUUCCAUGGCUAAAUCCUAAACGGGAGCUUAAAAGCCCUCAAAGUCUUCAGAAUGAGCUCCAUAUCCUCACUCUACUUCCUAACCACGACUUCCCACUCGCACUCCUGUUUCCUCGCCCCAAAACCCUCUCCCUCCCUUCUCAAACCCCAGCAGUCCAGUCUCAGUUACUUCGCCAGGAAUCUCAAUUACAAAUUCCGCCCCAUUAAGGCCCCGUUUCUGCAAAUACGGGCCAGCGUCGAUGUCGCGACCACCUCUGAUAUCAAGCCCGGAGCCGCCGUGGAGAGCGAUAAGUUGCCCUCUGACAUUCGGAAGCGUGCGAUGGACGCCAUUGAUUCUCUUGGAGGUAGAGUCACUGUUGGGGAUGUCGCCAGUAAGGCUGGGCUUCAGUUGAAUGAGGCCCAAAAGGCUUUGCAAGCUCUUGCAACGGAUACUAAUGGCUUCCUGGAGGUGUCAGAUGAAGGCGAUGUCCUCUAUGUGUUUCCUAAGAGUUACCGCACAAAUCUUUCUGCUAAAUCGUUUAAGAUGAAGAUUGAACCACUGCUAGAGAAAGCAAAGAUGGCAUCUGAAUAUCUAAUUAGGGUUUCCUUUGGAACAGCACUGAUUGCUUCAAUAGUUAUUGUUUAUACUGCAAUCAUUGCUGUUCUCUCAAGUAGAAGUGAUGAAGACAAUCGUGGAAGACGAGGCAGAUCUUAUGAUACGGGUUUCACAUUUUACUUAAAUCCGGCUGAUUUAUUUUGGUAUUGGGAUCCGUACUACUAUAGGAGACGGAAAAUUCGCGAAGAUGGUGGUGGGAUGAACUUCAUUGAAUCUGUUUUCUCCUUUGUGUUUGGUGAUGGGGAUCCAAAUCAAGGUAUUGAAGAAGAGAGGUGGAAGUUGAUUGGGCAAUAUAUAGCAUCAAAUGGUGGUGUUGUCACUGCUGAAGAACUUGCUCCUUAUCUUGAUGUUGAGACCAGUAAUAAAACGGAUGACGAGUCAUACGUAUUACCUGUGCUGUUACGGUUCGAUGGUCAGCCGGAAAUAGAUGAGGAGGGAAAUAUUCUGUACCGGUUUCCAUCACUCCAACGUACAGCCUCGCGGCAGAGUAGUAGAAGGAAGGAAUAUGUUGGAAAAAGAUGGGCAGAUUGGGUUGGAGAGGCUGAGAAAUUUCUUAAAGAAAAUAAGUUGCAGUUCAGCAAAACCAGCCUCUCAGAAAGGGCAAUGGUGAUUGGUUUGGGUGGCCUCAAUCUAUUUGGUGUCAUUGUCCUUGGUGCCAUGUUGCAGAAUAUGUCAGUUAGACCAAGUAGCUUUAUCUCUUUUGUGUCUGAUAUAUUUCCUCUACUCCAGAUUUAUGCUGGGUCUUUCUUCACAAUUCCAUUGAUUCGAUGGUUUUUCGUUAAAAAUAAAAAUGCUCAAAUUGAAAGCAGAAAUAGAGCAAGGGAGAAAUAUUCCAGGGCUCUUGAACGCCCAGAACUCUCUCUAAGGCGAAAGCUCCUGAGUGCACGGGAUAUGGCUCAAAGGACUUUUAUUGGUCAGGAUAGGAUUGUUUACAGCACUGACAGAGACUUGUAUGAGCAAGAUUAUGACGCCAAACAAUGGGACCAAAGGUUCCGUGAGAUUGAGAAGUCUGAUUGAGUCUAUGAUUUGGAUUUUGUUUUCACAUUAAUACAUGCACAGGAAGAGAGUAUUUCGCCACUUGUCCAUAGAUGGUCGAGGCAAGGAAUGCUUAGAUUCAUGACACUCUGAACACAUUAUUUAUGGUGCUGACCUCGAUCGAGUGCAUGGCAAAAUGCAUACGGCUUGGAUUCAGUGAAAUGAAUGCCUUGUUUACUUUCUGGUGUAAAAUGUUGUAUUCAAGAAGCAUGAUUCCUAAAAGCUACCCCAUCUGUGCUUGUAUAUGUAAUUGGAAAUAAGUAGUAGUCAGUCCAAAACUCGGCUUGAUUCGAGAUGAAUGAUCAAAAGUAUGUGUGAAGCUGACACAAAACAACUUAUUUCACUACCCAUUCAUUCUCCCAAAUU